UUGUUAAUUACCCGUCAGGCCAUGCGUUGGGUCUUUUUCGUCCAUCUUGAUUUCGAGUACAGGCCAAUCUGUGCUCCAGUUAAGCAACCACGAUGCCGGGAAGACUUUGGAGCAAGGCUAUUUUUGCUGGCUACAAGCGUGGUCUGCGUAACCAGCGUGAACAUACAGCCCUGCUAAAAAUUGAAGGUGCAUACACUCGCAAGGAAACAGAGUUCUACCUGGGCAAACGCUGUGCCUAUGUGUACAAAGCAAAAAAAAAUACAGUAACCCCUGGUGGGAAACCCAACAAGACCCGUGUGAUUUGGGGAAAGGUUACCCGUGCUCAUGGGAACAGUGGAAUGGUCCGUGCUAAGUUUCGCAGCAAUCUCCCUGCAAAAGCAAUUGGACAUAGAAUACGAGUGAUGCUGUACCCAUCUAGGAUCUGAAGUCCUCAAGUACAAAAUCUCUUGUAUAUACAAUAAAAGAGUUUCUUUCCAAUCUU